AUGGUAAAUAGAAACCAAAAUGUCGAUGAUAUCAUACGGCAAGUUCGACAUGAUGAUUUGGCAGCAGAUAAUAAUUUAGCAGCCAUGGUUGAGAGGAUUAUGGCACGAAAUGGGGUAAAUUUCAGCCUUCGAAGGCCAAAUUAUACAUCACCUCUAUCAGAAUAUAUCUUACAGACAGAAGCACCCCUUAGAACCAAAAUUCCAAAAUUCACUAAGUUUGUUGGGGAUACUACUGAAUCCACUGUCGAGCACGUGGCUAGAUACUUAAUUGAGGCAGGAGAUAUGUCAAAAAAUGAGAGCCUUAGGAUAAAGUUUUUCCCGAGUUCACUCACAAAGAAUGCCUUUACAUGGUUUACCACCUUGCCCCAAAGUUCGAUCCACACUUGGAACCAACUCGAGAGAAUGUUCCAUAAGCAGUUUUACAUGGGACAAACAAAGAUAAGUCUGAAGGAAUUGGCUAGUAUCAAGCGAAAUUUUACUGAGCCAAUUGAUGACUAUCUGAAUAGGUUUCUAUUGCUCAAAGCUAUGUGUUUUAAACAAAUACCAGAGCAUGAACUGGGCGAAAUGGCCGCCGAGGGCCUUGACUAUUCGAUUAGGAAGAAAUUGGAUACCCAAUAUCUAAGAGAUAUGGCCCAACUGGCUGAUAGGGUUCGACAGUUAGAACGCUUGAAGGAAGAAAAGGCUAGGGCAAAUAAAGGUAAAAAGGUAGCCUGUGUCGAUUUCAGAAAUGAUGAUGAAGGUUCCUGUCAAGGAUUUUUAGACUUCGACGAUAAUGAGAUCGACCUUACUGAAUUGACGCAAGGGCCACCGUAUGCGUGUAAAGUUUUAACACCUUCGAAUGGGAAAAAUCCAGUCGAACCAGAAAAGAGUGACAAAUUUCCCAAGAAAACUUAUACUUUCGACGUUACAAAAUGUGACAAAAUUUUCUAUUUGCUAGUUAAGGAUGGUCAAAUGAUAGUACCUCUAGGUGCCAAAGUACCUCCUUUAGAACAAAGAAAGAAAAUAGUGUUUUGCAAAUACCAUGGUUUUCUGGGUCAUAAAACGUCUCAAUGUUUUCUUUUCAGGGAUCUUGUGCAAAAUGCCAUACAGGAAGGGAGACUCAAAUUCAGAGACAAAACACAGAGCCAGAUGAAGAUCGACUCUGAUCCUCUGCAAGUAGCUGAAGCCCAUUACACGGAGCCAGAAGAAAUGAACCUUGUUGAAGUCACUGAGGAUUUUGACAUGACUGAAGUCUCUAAAGACUUUGUCAAAGAACCUGUUAUGGAAAAAGAUAUCAACAAAGAUACUGAUGUCUCUGACGCUGAGGACACUGAAGGUUCCAAGCUGAUGAUGAUCAGCAAAGAAACCGCUGAUGGUUUCGUACAUAUGGACAAGGCCGCUAAGGGCUUUCAGUUACAAUUCCAAAAGUUGGACAUCACUGAAGAUGUCAACAUGGAGGUCAAUAUGGUCGAAAUGUUCCAGGACACCUCCAUGGAAGUUGACGAUGAAUGUCGAUAG